GAGUGUGCAUUACGCAACUUGUCACGCUUACGGUAGUGAACUAAAUUCCUCAAUAUGAAGCAGCAAGUUUGAUUGUUAGAAUCUGUUACGUGAUUGAUUGUUUGAUGCAAGUGUCGUGAUCAUGAGUUCCACAGAAUCAGCAUCCCCGACCAAAUCGGAUGCGUGCAUUGCAGAUUUGCAGAACGUCAAGAGAACGAAGCCAACAGCAAUAGAAUUAUUUCCUUGGCUUUUUAAGUUCGAUGCUUCAAGUGAACAUUGGAGUAUGCCUUCUUUACUUCAAAAUAUGAAGUGUAUAAAAAGUAAUAUAAGCCUCAGUAUUACUGAAUGUUACGACAAGCCAUUGAAAGCAGCUAAAUUAAAGGAGUCCAUCCAACAGGCCUUGAUUUGGAUUUUAAUUUAUUAUCGAAAACUUCCAAAGGUUCAAAAAUCCAUAUUUUAUCAUGAAAGUAUGUCGGACAUAUUAGCAAUGUACAUAGAUAUGGAGUUAAGAGCGUCUAAAAGACCGACAGAGCAGCUCAGUGAAAUUACAACUCGUAUAAUUUGUUGCCUAUAUGUAUACCUAGAAAAGUCCAUUGAACACAUGCUAGAUACUUUAAUCAAGGUUCGAAAUAUGUCUUCACAAUUUCAUUUCAUCUUGGAUCCAGUUAUGAAGAAACUAUUGGAGGGCAAUCCAAAAGAGAAGAGAGCACGUCCAAAAACUCAAAUAAUGUACGUCAGGUACCUGCUGGCUUUCCGCCUUUGGAGGGACAUUAAUAAAGCCAAGGCUGUGAAAAAGGAGAUAGUAAAAACUGCAGUUUCCUUCCUUGGAUCGCCGCCCUCCGUUUUACCAGAAUUCCUAACAAAGCACAUUCCUCCUAAUGGAUCUGGGUCGCAGACCCUGUCUACAAAUUUGUUCAUGAAGGAAAAAUUACUUGAUGUGAAAGCCUGCUGUGCGGAUUUUAUCCAUUUCUGCAAGGCAGGCACCGAAAAUAGCCAAGUGCUCCCAGGCAAAAUGAAUUGUCUUGAGCGACUACAAGGUCCUCAUCAGCAGCAAAAGCUUGGAGACAACGUUGCCGAAGAUUCUAGUUCACUAAUAAAAAAUAGUUCUCUUAUUUCUCAUACAGUUGUUGAUCAUGAACCUAAUAAUUCUUUAAUUAAAAGUAAUGCUCCAGACAAAUAUAAUCUUCCAGAAAAUUUAAAGAGAAUUUCGAUUAAUGAUUCCGCGACACUUUCUAGUAAUCAAUCAGUUAAAACACCAAGACCUUUAGUGAGGCGAUCAGUUAAGAAGUCGAAUGAUAUUAUCAUCAUUGAUAUUACUGAUGAAGAAUCAACACCGAAGGUAAUAAAGAAGAAAGUACACAAAAAGUUCCCGUGGCUGGAGCAAAUCAAAAGGCAUCUAAGGUUGAAUCCAGAAAGGAAGGAAGGAAGCGAAAUCUUAGGAUUGAAUGUUGUUUCCCCUGCGAAACAAAUUCUGGAAUCUCUGAUUCUUGUAACGGAUGACAGUGAGCAAAAGAAAAUUGAAACGGAUCUCUACUCCUCGUUUGACUCGUGGAUAGGUGUCGACAAUUUGCAACCCACAACUGAUAUUCGCGUAUUUUUUGGCGACGAUUUAAACGAAAGAAGCAGUUCAUCUCUAGGCUUCAAUAGCGAUUUCAGCACUACCAAACUACCAUUCAUAUCCUCUUCAACUACAUGUACCUCUGAUUCAGUAUUACAAAUUUCCAGUGACAGGCUCAAUUCUUAUGAUAGUGAUAGUGCUCUGGAAAUUACAAGCGACGAGUUAUCAAAAGACAUUGCAGAAACCGAAUCUGUAAUUAAACAUGUAUCAAGAACUUGUGAAGUUUCAAGGUUCGAGUCUUCGAAAACUGACUGUCAAUCAGAGGCUGAUAGCAUGAUAUCAGACUCGAAUGAAAAUAUGAGCGAGAUCCAGGAGGCCAGAAUCGUUUGCGCAGCUAUAUCGACCAUGGUUUUGGAAGAAGGUCCAAGCGAUAUGAAAUCUAGUAACAUAAGUAUCAAUUGUCGAGAAUCGGAAGAUAUCGUGAAUGAAUACUCGAAAUAUUCUGAUUCUUGUGCAGUCUCUUCCAUCGAAGAAAGGAUCAAAGAAUCUAGGGAUGAUUAUUCGAAAGCUAUAGACUACACUCUGAGAAAAGAUAACACGUGCCUGCCAUCUGAUUUCACAAACGCCGACUGUUGUUAUAACCCCGAAAACGAAACGAAUUCGUACACAAUUCCAGAACCUCAAUUCCAGGAAAACAUCGAGAACUUGUCCUUGUUAGCCAGCGUUUCGCAACAAGUAGCAGCUCAAAAAGUCACCUCGCCGUCAAAGAAUUCCUCGCCUGAUCACUACAACCGAAUAGUUAGCCUCUACCCAGAGGACUUCGAAAAAGUGGCCCUUCAAGUUGAAGUGAUCUCAACAAGCGAUGGCCUAAUGGAGAACAAUUUCCAAUCAAGAGAAACCAGAAAUGCAAUCUUGAAUGGAGAGACUGUUGUCCUAAUGCAAAAGUCUCCAAACAGCAACGUUUAUGUCAUCAAUAAAGCCGCCGAGAAUAAAAAUAGCGUCUGCGAAUCCUUUGAACACGUUGACAAAGCUGAAUUACCGCAAGAAUCUGAGAGUCUCGCCAGAAGUGUCAUGGUGAAAACCGAAUCUGGAGAGAAGAAAGUGAGAGUUGUUAUCGAUGAUAAGAAAUCGACCUCGAACGAAGUGAGUAAAUCUUCGAUAGAUAAGAGAAAAAGCGGUAAUUUGCCCCGUCGGCAGAAUGUGAAACAGGAAUACAGUGUCUCUGGCCACUGUGCCUGCGGUAUUCUAGGGUGUUCCGUGAUGGAUUCACUUUCGCACGACCUUGCCAAUCCUCAAAUUCCUCUCCACAUUCCCGUCGCUCAUCCCACUCCAUCGCACACUCUUCCACCCCUCUAUGGCAAUUUUCCUGCAAAUUCAGAACUUUGCGUGCCAUAUAAUAAACAUUGCAGCACCGUAUCAUGUGGCUUGCCAGUAAAUCCACCUUCGACUCUGCUUUCUCACACGAAUACAAACUCAUGUGGAAGAUCACACGGUUCUUGUUUGAGCUGCACCUACGAAAUGGUCGCGCACUAUCAGUGUGUUCAUCCAACUUCUGAUCCACAUUCGUCUUUCAUUGAGGGCAAUUCUUACUUCAUUCCGCAAACGUCUGCCGUCCAGGAACAUGAGCGAACGAAAGGUGAAUCUGUAAUGGAUAAUUUGUAUGAAGAUAAGUUAUUGUGUAAGGUAGAGAAGAGCUUAUUGGAAAGCAAACCGCUGGAGAAGAUUGAUGUCAAGUUCAACCAGGAUCUAAAGUACCAAGUUGAGAUUAACAACAAGCUACCUCUGAAGAAAAGACUGAAGGCCUUUAAUCAGACGUCUUAUGAUGUGUCGAUCAAGAUGGAGAAAUCUGGCAGUUAUCCUGGAACGCCGAUGAUGUCGAUAGCAAACCUGGAAGUACAAAACGAGUCGGGAUUCUUGAAUCUGCCAGAAAUUGGAGCUACGGUUGAGUUGACGACGGAAAAGGAGGAUUCGCCGAUCAAGAAUCGUCAUCAUAUAAAUAUUCAUGCUAGAAGGGACUACAGAAAAGAUGGGAUGCUGGUUCAUAAUGGAUUGGAGAAAAUGAGAGAGACCAAGGACCAGAGGAGGCUUGUCGACAGUCAAUUGAGUAAUGUGCCACUUUAUCAUGACACGCUUUACCAAAGACAAAUGAAAAGUUCAUUGCCGAGGAAGGAAGUUGGUGUUUCUGCACUGAAGAGAUUGGCUGUCGCACCCAGUUUGGAGGAACAGUCGCCGAAGAAGGCGAAAAAGUCGAGUACGAGGCAAACGAGAAGCUCCCAAAGAAACGUACCCAAAGUGAAUUACAAGUACACUGAAGUCGAUCCUGAGUGGAAUCCGUCCGGUGAUAUGAAACGAAAAAGGAAGAAGUCUAGUCGAUGAUCAAUAAUUCUACUUCCUAUCCAGCUUCACCGUUGAUCUGUAUAAUGAGGCGAACAGGAGACAACAUGACCGUUUUCCAGGCUGUGGCAUUUUUAAUUUGUACAUAGUAGUCGAGGAUUCAACCUAGGAAAUUAUUGCACUUGUAAAUAAUUCAUGAAAGUGAGAAUUAAUUCAUCACCUGAAGAGUAGCUGUGGAGGAAUUUGUGUUCGUCAAUGAAGAGUUGGGAGUAUUUGUAUAUAAUGGAAGAAAGUCAGAAAUUCAUCAUUUGAAAAUCACUAUUUGAAGAUAAUCAUUUGAAGAUCAUUGGAGGCUCAUCAUUCGAAGAUAAUUAUUUACAGAUCAUCAGUCGAAGAUUUCUAGUUUAGCCUCAGACCUUACUUCAGUAUGGGAUUGUUGCUAAAAAAAAAGUUUUCUGAACUCUGCAGCUCUAAAUUCACCUUCAACAGGGUACUAUUAAUAGACCUUUGAAAUAUUUUUCCCUCGCGUAUAAUACGUAAUAUCCAAGAUGACCAGAAUCCGCUGAUUAUUAUUUUGUGAUUAGCUUUUAACAUAAAUACCUGAUGACGUAACACACCUGUAUAUAAAAUAAGGGACUUUCUUCGUUAUAUUGAAAGUCGAAGUAACCUGUUUUUUCGAAAGUCUGAAAUAAUAUUAGAAUAUUUUGUCAAGCCAUUAAGUACUAGAUAUAUUUAUGCAAAUAGAGUUAUUUAAAUAAAAAAGUUAGCAAAUUUCAAGUGGCAGGUUUUCGACCUUGAGGUAAUUCUUUCAAGAUUGUUGAUUCUACGAUGAAAUGUUUUAAGUCGAAUCAAUUGAGAGAAGUCUUGGAUUGAGAUGAGAAACAUGAAAUUAUGUGAAGACUGAAAUUUGUUAUCAGGUUUUAUAAAUUUGGCGAGGAGGACUUUGCGCCCCGAAUUUGAAAUCUCAGGAAUUUACGAUAGUGGACAUGAAAGUAACCACUAUUCUUGUGUUCAGGUAAAAUUCAAAAAAAAUUAAAUGAUACAGGAGAGCUGUUAUUCAGUAAAUGCCGUCAAUAAACUUGCCAAGUUGAGCAGCAGUAUCGUCUUAAAAAUAGCUGAUUUAAAGCAAAAAUGAUGCUACCAAUAGUUGAAUUUCAUUCACUUUCUGAUAGCUCCGUGUUAAAAAUAUACCGAGCAAAAUGGCCGUAAUUCAUUAGCAGUGCAGAAUCAAAGUGCAGGUAGUAUGCCUAGUCAGUCAUAAAGAUAAUAAUGUAUCCGUUAAAAAGGACACUUAAAAUGCGUAAUUUAUAGAAAUGAGAUCAAUGCCUGAAAUAUGUAUCCUUAACAAUUUUAAGUUACUUUUGUAUACGACAUCUGGAAUGUACAUAGUACAUACAGCUUAGUUAGACAGAAUUAGUAUCCAUUACAAAUCCGUUUAUUAUGUGCCAACAGUAGAAAUACGCCACUAGAUUUAUAAUUUUAAAAAACAAAACAUGUAAGACUCAAAACUCUGAUAGUUCCCCUAGCUUGACAAAUAAUGCAGAUACGAUUAUUGCGAUUCACAAGUAAUAUAGCACAGCCAGAACAGUUACCGGCCGAUGGUAAAUUAUCUGAAGUCGGUAAAGCAGCAUGGAAUAAAACAUGGCCCGGUCGUUAAGUGACACUUUGCUAUACUACUUUCUUAUUAGUUAGAACCAUAGCUUUAAAAAAUGUUUCAUCUUCAAGCUUCCAAUCGAUUUUUACCUUAUAAAAAGUCUCACUUUGAAUUGCUCAGAAUGUAAUUUACAAAUGAUGUGGGUCGAGAUAAAUUCGAUAGUCAUAUCCCAAUACCUGAUCUCAAAGCUGUGAUGCUGAUUUUUGUUUAUCCUGUCUCUUAAUGUUCUUUUUUUUGUACCCAAAAAAUUGUAACGUGCGAAACGGUUUGCCAUUACUUUGACCUAUCUGCUAAAACCCAAAUACGUAAAUAAGUCUUCGCAAAAGUGACGGAAAAAUGUUGCAAUUUUGUUCACUGUUCAUUCCGCCCUUGAGAAGUGAAGACGUCGCGUGACCUUCCUCUACUACGAAUUUAUCAUCCGUAAUUAAUAAUAGGCUGUCAAUUUUUAUUUCCAUUUCUUUAUUUAUAUAUAUAUAUAUAUUUAAUUAUUUCAAUUUUGAUUAAAAGUCUGAUAUUUAUAAGCUCGUAAAGAAUGUGGGCGCAAAUUAUUUGGAAAAUCUUGUCGAUCAACUUUUGAAAGAGAGACAGGUUUAGUUGAAAUGAAAAUUGAUGUUUACUCGGAGAAUAAAAAGGCCGAACGACAAGAUUUUUUAAAUAGAUUAGUUAUUUUAAGUUUCAAAAAUUUUUUUACUUUCCAUUCAAUCGAAUUUUAAUUCAAUAUGAUUAUGGAAUUAUUGAAUGAGACAACGUUUACGUACGUGUAGAUUUAAUACUUUGACAAAAGGCUGAUCCUUUAGGGAAAAAAUUAUAUAUGACAAGAAUAUUAUAAUGAAAUGCCUCAUCUAGAACUGCCGUCUAAAUUGUCAGUGAUAGAGCUUAAUAUAGGCAAAAUAAAAAUUAUUUAUAAAAUUAGGCCUCAACCAAGCUAUGUAUAAAGCAUUUGUUAUACCGUAUCAUUUUAUGAGAAAUAUAGUUAUCUUUACAUUA